AUGUCGUCCCCUCUGCCGCUUCUUCGGCCUGUGCUCGAGGAUUUGCCGGCUGUGCCUUCGAUGGCUGGCGUCACCGCUUCACCUGAACAGGGAGCCGCGGGAGACUCGCAGCCAUCAGGGGGAGAGGCUGGCUGCGCCUUGGAGGCGUCAAAGCAUGUCCACGCCUCCGCCCCAACGUCUUCCCUCUCAAAUGGCGAGACUCCUGUGCACGCAAGUGACAACCGCGGCGACGUCACCGUGGACGCCUCAGAGGUCGGUGAAUCGCAUCAGCUACAGCGACGGCAGGACUAUGGGAAGACACCCAGCGAGCUUUCGGCUUUACCAGAACGACCAGUGUUGAGAGUCGUCGCGGGAGAAGGCAGCGGGCGUGCUGCACCAGCUGCCGGCAGCGUUCACUGCGAGGAAGGUGACUGGAGCGAGCCUGGUUCGCCGACGACGUCCCCGGUGCAGGGUGCAUGGACGCAGCAUGUCUACUCUCAGCCUACCUCUGCAGGUAGGGGCAACAGCGUGGUGGUGCUGUCUGAUGCGGCGGCUCGUAUGAUUGCGCACGCAGUGCAUCGCUCCUCACUGCUACAGCAGUGCUUCACGCAAUGGCAGGCGCAGCAAGCACGCCAUGCGCAGCAGCGCCUGCGUCGCGAAUGCUUCGCCGAGGGCUACUACCAGCGCAACCUCUUGUACCUCUUCUUCCGCGCGUGGCAGUGGCGCUAUGAUCGACGCGUGACAUGUGCGGAGCAGCGAAGAAUGCUCGAGGCACUGCGCGCGCGUCAUCUUCGCCACCGUGCGUUUGCUGCGUGGCAGCGGUGGAAAAACGCGCGAAGAAGGCUGCGAGGCAGACUCGGUGAGAUGCAGGCGAGGACGGAAGCGGCUCUCACCCGGCAGUGCUUCGAGCGGUGGCAUCGCACGUCAGCACAUCGGGCCCUCGCACGGGCAGCGGCGCAGGCGUCGGCGGAUAGCUUACGAGAUGCGCGAUUUCGUGACUGGCGGCACUUUGCCCUGCAACGCAAAGAGGGCCGCCUCUUGGCGAGCGUCUUGAUGCUUCACACGCCCGUCGCGUGGACUGCAGCUCAGCAAAGUAGUUGCGAUGGACUGCAUCUUCUCUACGCGUGGGUGCAGUGGCUCCGAGUGGCGAUGCAGCGCCGCGCGCGCCAGCUGCGCAAGUGCGAAAGUGCCCUAUCAACCGUGGCGAUGCGCGCGGAGAAGGCUCUUCGACGGAGAUGGUACGUAUGGUGGCUUCAGGUCACGUGCGCGUCUCUCCAGUCGAGGCAUACACGGCGCCGACUUCUUCAGAGGUACUACAAGCGCUGGGCUCCCGUAGGCCGUCUUUGUCUGAUAGGACUGCAGUGGGAGAGGGAAACCCACUCCCCGCACGUGCAGCGUCGAUGCCUUGCGCACUGGCGCUGUCGUUUGGGAAGACGCCGAACCAGUCGCGAGCACCUUCGAAUGGCGGAGCUCUUCUUCGAGUCUGUCGUGCAGGCGCAUGCCGCGCGUGCCGUUUUUCGCUGCUGGCGCGCCCUGCACUCCACUCGCGCAAAGGCUGGGCGAAUGCGCCGCGUGGCAGAAGGAUACGCGAGGCCGGCACUGCUGCGGCACCUGUUUCUGCGUCACGUCACGGACGGCGUGCUGGCAUCACCGACAGGGCUGGCAGAUGUGCUGGAGCAUGAGGCAUGGCACCGAGGUGCCGACGCAAAGGUGGUGAAGCCGAAGAGCAUUGUCAUUGCCUCGAACGAGAAGAGUAUCCUCGACGUCUCCACAAAGACAUCGGGGACCUCCUCAACGCGUCUUCGACCACCGAUCCCCCUUCGCCACCACCUUCAAGCUCCCACGGGGAGGCUCAGCGUCCCAGCAGCGUCUCCUGAGGCGCCUCUUGAGCCUGACCGGAGGUCUAACGCAAGUGAGAUGGCGGGAACGGCACGGCCGAUAACAGCCUCGGCCGCUGAUCAUGCUGCCGACAUGGAGGUGUGGCUGCCACCACCGCCUUCGUAUGAGGAAGUGACGAGCUCUUGGCGUUCGACGGACGCGAGCGGCCGAAUGGGGGCGUGCGCUCUGCCAGUGCGCACGGAUGUUGGUGUGGGCACCAGCUGCGAGGCGCCUACGCCGCUGCAGCGCGCGACUCCUCGCAUAAGCAGCGCGGGUGACCGCUCGGCCGCACGCCCGGAUGUCGUCCAUCAGCGGGAGGAAGCUGCGCCGCCUCCCGUUUCUACGGUAUCUGGCCGAGGCAUGUCGCCUGCUGGGGCGCCAAACGUGUGGCCGGCAACAGUUCCUUGCUACGCCGUCCCAAACGGUGCCCCAGUUAGCUGGGCCUUCGGGUUUGUCCCUGCAAGGAGGGGGUGGCGGGCUCUGGACACCCUUGUCCCACCGUCGGCGUCUGUGACUUCACCCGCAAGCGCCGUGCCUUUGUAUCGCAGCCUUCCUUGUGCUCCUCCGACAGGCGACGCUGUCCCGGCCGCGGUCGAGUCCCCUUCAUGCGCUGCUUUCAGUAGGUUUUGCGCUGAAGGUGCCGCUCAGCCUUUCGCUGGCGAGCAUGGACCAGGGGCACCCGCCGCAGCCCCCUCACCAGCUGUUCCUCUGCAAUCUAAGGGACUCUUUCCCGCACCACCGUCGCCACGGACGCACUACGGCUUUGACAUUCACCGCCACGUAGAUCCUCUUGCCUCUCUCACUUACUCGUCCAGUAGCGUGCCCCGCGCCGAAGAUUCUGGCUGUGUCGAUUCUCCUGACCCACGAGGGCAUGGAAGCCAUAGAGCGCAGCGGCGGUGCGUUGGGCCUCCCGCAGUGACCCUCGGCAAUGCCAUCCUAUCUCAAGGUCGCGUGCCUCUCAGCUUUGCGGGUCGGUGUGCACGGAGUAAGAAGUACACAGGUGUGCCCUCCCCAGAGCGGAAGGCGCUACGGGAUGUGCAGUCAGCGCAUGCCACCUUCCUCUCUUCCUUGUCUUCAUCAUCCUCGCGUUCCUCAUCCACAUCUGCUGCGCCUCGACCGAGUGAUGCGGCACCGUUUCCACUGCGUCCUCCUUCCUCCACCAGCGACUCAUCAACUCUCCGAGCGCGGGCAAGGGACGCGCUCGGCGAUUACAAGCGCCGCACACGUCUGAUUGCGGCAGAGAAGGCAGAGCUCGCCACCAUCGAAUCACAGCUGGCACUGGCACCCCACACCAAGGAUAUGGGCCACAAAAAGGAGCUAUCGAAAAGGAGGCGCUACUUGCAGCGGCGCCUUCUGGAGUGGGAGCAGCGGCGUGCGCAGAUAGCUCAGCUCGCCGUGUGGCUAGAGGACUGCGUCAGCGCAGCCACGUCGACGGCUGUUUCUCAAAGGGGUGCUGGUGAGCUUUAG